UCAAUCUCACGUAGGCUCUGAAGCAACAAUUUCUGUUAGUAAUGUCGUUGCAGCCAAAGAUACAAUACAGAGCGUUGAUGUCAACAGCAUUUCAAAGUCUCUGGCCAACAAUGAGUUGCGAAUUAACAAGCAUACAUGCUGGAAACAUCACAGAGAUUCACGAAGUCCCUAUGCGAGUUGUGACAAGACCAUUCCCUCCGGAAGUUAAUGAAGAAAAGGUAAAAAGUUUGAUGGAUACAUUGACUGAUCCUGAUAGAGAGUCUUUGGUACCACCUGUCGAUAUUUUAUGGAUUAAAGGAAGAGAAGGAGGAGAUUACUAUUAUUCUUUUGGAGGAUGUCACCGGUAUACGGCACAUCAGAGACUUGGCAAGGAAACGAUAAAAGCUAAAUUGGUCAAGUCAACGAUAAAUGACUUGCGCAGUUAUCUUGGAAGCUCCACUCCAGAUCUCGUAUAAUGACAGACUAACAUGUGAGAAAUACUAUCUUAUCAUUACUUUAGUACUUUAUCAGUGUGCUCAACUGAAUUUCACAAAAAAAAUUAUGUA